UCGACGGCCAGCAUUUGUUGCUGGCUCACUUUGCUUUUUCUCACCCACCACGAUGAAGACGACGACGUUCACGACCCUCGCCGUGCUCGCGGCGACAACCCAUGGCUACUGGGACCAGACGCACAUGAUCACGACGCAGAUCGCGACGCAGCUCAUGCCCGCCGAGGACCUUCGCUAUGUGAACGCGCUCCUCUCGACGUGGAACGCCGACUUCCCCAACACGGGCGACGCGACGACGGCGACGAUCUGGGCCGAUCUCGUCAAGUGCGACUCGGUCGUCUCGACGUACUGCCCGUCGCCGGCGCACCCGUCGGCGCACAACCAGGACGACUGGCACUACACUGACCUCCCGCUCAACGUCGAUGGCACCGACUACAUGGGCUUGACGUCCAAGGACGUGACGAAGCUCAUUGCGCUCUCGCCGGAUGGAAGCGCGCUCACGGUCCUUCCCAAGGCCCUCAACGCGUUCAAGACGACGCAGUCGACGUGGGCCGCCAACUUUGCGCUCCGCUACAUCCUCCACAUCUUCACCGACCUGCACCAGCCGUGCCAUGCGUCGACGGGCGUCUCGCCCAAGUGGCCCGAAGGCGACGUCGGUGGCAACAAGUACAAGUUCGUCUCUACGUGCGACGGUGCGAACAACCUCCAUGCGUACUGGGACUCGGUCGCGGGCAAAUAUGGCUCGAUCAACUGGCACCCCAACAUGACGGCCGACUCGCCCAACCGCCAGACGAUCAACGAGAUUGCUCGCAACCUCACGGCCGCGUUCAACGGCACGACGGACGUGGCCAACUUUGGCCAGUACGCCAACCUUCCGUUCACCGAGUUUGCCAAGGCCUUUGCGGGCCCGGCCCUCAACAGCGUCAUGGCCACGUCGUACGACCUCGCGCGCUUCGUCACGUACAAGGGCAUCGACCUGACGCUCGACGCCAAGGACAAGAUCGCGUGCCCCAACGAGGCCUACAAGAAGGCGACCAUUGACACGCUCGAACGCCAGGCCUAUGUCGGUGGCGCGCGCCUCGCGGUCGUGCUCAGCCAAAUCGCGCGCCAGAUCAAGGCCUUGGGCCUGGUCACGCCCGGCGCGUGCUAAGCUAGACAAGCCUUGUCUACUGCAUUGCACCGUAUAGGACUAUAAUACAUGGGCGUAUCUAUAUGUUCGAUGGGAC